AUGACUUCCGGUCUUGUCUUGUGUUGUCUUCUGGCCAUGGCGGCGGCUAACCCCGUCCGUUUGGCCAAUGACUCAAUUGCCCCUUACAACAAUCACGGCGUUCAUCAGGACAUUGUCAAUGGCGAGAACUCGGACUACGGAUAUUUCAACUUUAUCUUAUCACUGGACGAAGGCUAUUCUCAGAUCUGCGGCGCCACGCUAGUCAGUUCCACCAGAGCUAUCACUGCGGCUCACUGCUUAGAAGAAGGCCACUCUUACUCAGUCGAGGCAGGGCAGCUCAACUUUAAUCGCAUUAGCGGACAUGAAGUGUCAAGGCCGGUGAAAGAGUUCGUCGUGCAUCCUUAUUAUGACCCGGACAAUGGCUUGAGAAACGAUAUCGCAAUCCUGAAGUUUGACCCCUUCCCGUCCGGUCAAUACAUCGAGCCGAUUCCCAUGAUCACGGACCCCAACGAAGACUUGACAACAAUGACGUGUUGGACAGCUGGCUGGGGAAAAACAUCCGUAAAUGUGAUGAAAAGUAAUUAUGAAACAUUAUUCUGA